CGUCUAGGGGUCACGAGUUGCCACCACCAUUGCAAUGUACCCAUCCUCAAAAUCAUCAUCAUCCCGUGUGUUGAUGGUGAAGCCGCCCACUCGAGUGCCGUCGGGGAGCAGCUCACGAAUGCCAUCGACAAGAUCGUCAGGCUCAUCCGGCAGCCAUACCCACACACGCCUCAGGCCGCGGACACCGGCGGUGAGCAGAGACGACAGGCCGUCGCGGAUGAUGUUCGCGGCGGCAGAGGCCUCCAUCUCAUGGGGCACUGAAUGACGACACAUAGACAAGGCGGAUGGACACACACAGAUGAUGGAGCACAUUCCUGCACUCACUGCCCUCCGGGCAUACCUGCUAAGCGCAUGCCUAUGUUGCUGAUCGAUGGCAGACGAUUCGACCCCCAGCCGUCAAAGAGCUCUUCAGUGAGAGUGACCGGAUCUACCUCGCCCACCGCAUCCCCUAACCCGUCGAUAAUGCCCACCUCCCUCUCCUCCCCCAAUCCCUCCAGCACGCCGAGCCUGUCCUGUGCACUGACCGCUGCAUGAAAUACCACCCACUCCACCUCCAUAGGCAUCUUCUGCGCCAACAGCCGGCCCGCAGCACCGCCCACAGCGCUCCAGACACACAGCUCAUGGACCCUUGGGAUCGGCUGCAGGUGGUUGAUGAUGUCGGGGGCGGGUGGGGUGGUGCCGGGAGGGGGGUCGAAGCCAUUGGCAUCGUGAACCAUCACGCUCGACACGUUGUCGAAUGAGAGACUCGAUGCGAUCUCGCCGGCCGCCUGGCUGGGGCUGUCGAUGGGGUGGGUGAGGUCAUUCUGGCUGAUGGUGUAGGUCACACCCGUCGUCUGCCGUGCCGCCUCCUGGAUGGCCGCCUUGAUGAAGGGGGAGGGGCGAAGGGGGAACUCGUCGGCGUAGAAUAGGGACAGGUCGAAUUCACUCGGCGUGACGUUCACGGUGAGCGGGACGUCCGGCGAGGUGCAGCAUGUGUUGAUGAAGUCGUCAACAGCCAGCAGGGCGGAGAGGCUGUGGUGGCCCUCAAUUCGAGGGACACCCACGUCGAGCCGUCUCAGCGACUUGCGGCAGCCACGCGAUGUGAGCACAUCCUACAAAGAAACAAAGAGAGAAGGACGCGAUCCGUGUGUGUGUGCACAACAGAUGAGGCCUCCCCUGUGUGAUGAUUGCCUACCUGCAGUCGUCUCACUUCCCCCUCGAAGCCCUCAUAUGCGAUCCCUCCGAUGGUCUGCAGCUGUCUGAGCGGCCCCGGCUGGCGGGCGGAUGCGAUGGGGAAGUGCUCAAACACAGCCGCCCACCACUCCCAUGACCGCCGACGCCCCUCCACCUCUUUCAGCGACUGAGACGAGCUGACGAAGCGGCCGAGCUGCUUGGCAUCCCACCCGUCCUGAUGCACACGCUCGAGUGCGGGCAUCUUCCAGCCCCUGUCGGCCAGCUUACCGUAAUAGUGCUCGCCGACGGCACCAGUGACGGCCCUGAGGGCAUGGAUGGUGGGGGGCUCGGUGGGGGGAGGAAGGCGAAAAACCGGGGGCCUGGGGCUGGUGGUGGAGUUGAGCAAUUGGUCGGUGGCGGUGGUGAAGUCGAUGGUCUCCAGCGAUCCCUCCGCCAUGAGCUGCUGCCCCUCCUUCUCGCACGCCGCCCGACGUCCGGCCGCAUGGCCCUCCACGAUGCUUAUCAUGCUGCCCAGACACCACCACUGCUUGCGGCGCGGCUGCACGAGGGUGAUGGCCGUCAGGUUGACAAGCCACUUGCCGAGCUGGAAGGCCUGCUCAGGCGUCAGGCUCUCCCAGAAGUGACGGUCGCCCUCGGUAGAAGAGUCGAUGGUGAUGUGUGUCUGCUGGUGGAAGGCCCCCUUGACUUGCGGCCACUGCUUGCAGAGGGUUGGCACAGCCGACAGCUCUCGAGGGGUCAUGAAGCUGAAGACACAGGACAGGUGGUCGUCGCCAAGACCACCAGGGGCCUGAUUUAGGGAGAGCAUGAGAGUGAGCCGCGUCACGAGUGUGGCUGUGUGUGUGUACCAUUCUGUUAUCAUCCUGAUCAGCAGAGUUCUUGUGAGUGAGGCGGAAGCCACCAUGCCCCUGGACGUACACACACCACACACAUCCGGUGAGUGAGUGGACGUGUGGACGUCGCGUGUACCUGUUGGCCAUGCGGUGAUGUCGUGGUCUUGCUGUGUGGCACCACUUGUUUGAGCUCCUCUUGGUGUCCGCCCACCUCCCUCAAGUGAAGCGCCGUCCGUCCACUGCCCUCCUCGAUGCGAUACACGUCGGCCUUGACCCACCUCUGCUUGCCCUUCUCCCGCCCGUUGGUCACCAUCUGCACACGACUGCCCUCUUUGUAACGGCACGGCGCAGAGGACGCCAUUGCCUGACGAACCGAACAGUCAAGUGAAGGAGCGAAUGAGUCAGCGAUGCUCUGACAUUGAUGAGUGUGUGGUGGUUGUGCUUUGACUGACAUCGUCGUCAGGCAAAGCAGACGAAGAUGAAGCCGCUGCCAUGGCGACACUCUCAAACACGGCUGACAAGAAGGGCACA